AUACAGGGUACAUAAAUAAUUGGUAUUAUCGAUCUCGAAUAUUUCGAAGGGAGCUGCGCAGUUGUUUGAUGGAUACAAGAACGGUCAGAAUGUUCUCUAUUGUCCUGUAUAUCUUUGCACUGUGGCUCAAAAAUGAUAUAAUAGUGCUCUCUUAUCAGAUCGACGAUGUUACUCUAAAAUUUAUCGACGACACGAUGCCUAUAUUAUUCCCGCCGUCGAGAAUAACUUUACAUUUGUGCAUCAACCAUGAUGACACGAUUAAAUUAUCGAAGAAACUGUCGAGUCUUUACUUAAUGCAUGACAUCUAUAAUAAUGUCAUCCCAGAUUUCAACAAGAAAAUUUACGAUGACUUGAAGCAUCAAAAUUUGUACGUCCUGGACCUGGACUGUAAUGACGCCACUAAAAUCUUACAACAGGUAAAUGUGAAUAAAAUGUUCGUCGCCCCGAUGAGGUGGCUGCUCCUUCAGGAUCGAAGAACACUAAUCGAUAAUGAUAAUAAUAUCACAUUAAUUUCUAUGUAUGAUAAUUCGAUUUCGGAGAUUUUCGAGGAUUUAGCCGUCUAUCCUGACAGCGAUGUUGUCCUUGCAAAAAGAUUCGACGGUAAUUUUCUACAAUUAACAUCCGUAUAUCGGCCAAGUCCGCAGCGAGGAGUUAUAUGGGAAGAUCGUGGAAAUUGGACGGUCAAAAAUGGUCUACGAAUGAAAACUUUCGACGUGGCGUCAAGACGUAGAAGAAAUCUUCAAAAAACGACACUUACAUCUGCUAUCGUGGUAUAUAAUCCUGAUACUUUAAAUCAUUUGACUGAUUAUCAAAAUCCACAUAUUGAUCCGGUUACAAAAGUUACUUAUAUGUGGGUAACCUAUUUAAUAAAUCGAAUGAAUGCAACGAUAAAUUUCACAAUUGUGGACGAUUGCGGAAAAAGAUUGGAAAAUGGAAGUUUUCUUGGAAUGACUGGGAUGUUGGAUCGACACGAAAUCGACAUCGGCGGUACUGCUAUGUACAUGGUAACAGAUCGCAUCGAUCAAGUACAAUAUGUCCCAUUAAAUGUGCACAUGAGAACGGUAUUUGUAUUUCGACAACCAUUAUUAUCGACCAUGAAAAAUAUCUUCAUAUUACCCUUUGCAAAAAAUGUUUGGAUAGCAAUUGCCAUAUUUCUUCUUGUCGUUUUCUGUUCAUUAUAUUUAUCUAUGAAAUGGGAAUAUUAUCGAAAUACAAUGAAAAAAUCGUCAGUUACCUGGAAAGAUACCCAUAUCGGCAAUCCGACACUAGGCGAAGAUUUUCUCAUUCUUUUAGGCGCAUGUGCUCAACAAGGUUAUUCGUACGAACCAUAUAGAUUUGCAGCCAGAACGAUUACUCUUAUGUUAUUGAUAGCUUCAUUGAGUCUUUACGCGGCUUACACAGCAAAUAUCGUAGCUCUUUUGCAGUCUCCUUCGGAUUCAAUCAACACCCUCUCCGAUCUCUUCUAUAGUCCUCUAACUCUCAGCGUGCAUGACCUUCCAUUCUAUCAUUAUAUGCUCCAGGAUUAUGUAGGAAGUUCAGAUCUUCUUAGAAAAGCUAUUCUGGAAGAGAAAAUCGAACCGAAAGGACACAAGCCUAAUUACGUAACUGUGGAGGAAGGUGUAAAUCGCAUGAAAAAUGAAUCAUUUGCAUUUCAUGCUUCCAACACUCGAAUAUAUUACUACAUGCAACAGACGUAUCAGGAAUCAGAGAAAUGCGGUUUAACGGAAAUUGAUUAUAUGGGUGUGAUACCUUCACAUCUGGUAUUGCCAAAACAAUCGCCAUAUUUAGAGAUAAUAAAAAAUGGUUGUUUGAAGUUACGAGAAUAUGGGCUAAAAUACCGUGAUGAAUAUCGCUUAUUUACAAAAAAGCCAAAAUGCACGAAUCCAGCUAAUUUUAUCAGUGUUGGUUUCACGGAAUGCCGGUUUGUGAUUCUUGUAAUGAGUUAUGGAUUCUUGAUUACUUUAAUUGUAUUUGUAUUGGAGUUGGUAUGGAACAAAAUACAAAACAAAUUUACAAUAGAAGAGACGGUUCCAUUUGUGAAAGAAAAUGAAGAUCUCGAAAUUACCGAAUAUAAAACGGUCAGAAUGUUCAAACUCCUGUGUAUCUUUGCAUUGUUACUUGGUAAUGACAUGAUCGCAUUCUCUCAUCAUAUCGACGAUGUUAUUCUAAAAUUUAUCGUCGAUACAAUGCCGAUAUUAUUCCCGCCAUCGAGGAUAUCGCUACACUCGUGCAUCACCCAUGAUGACACGAUUAAAUUAUCAAGAAAACUAUCGAGUCAUUAUUUGAUGCAUAGCAUCCACAAUAAUGUCAUCACAGAAUUUGACACGAGAAUUUACGAUGAUUUGGAACAUCGAAAUCUCUAUGUGUUGGACAUGGACUGCAACUACAGUCUUGACUUUUUACGAAAGGUGGAUUUGAAUAGAAUGUUCGUCGCACCGAUGAGGUGGCUGCUCCUGCAGGAUCAAAGAACACUAAACGAUAACGAUGAUAAUGCCACACACAAUUUGACUUUUACAUAUGAUAAUUCGAUUACGGAGAUUUUCGAAGAUUUAGCCGUCUAUCCUGAUAGCGACGUUGUCUUCGCAAAAAGAUUAAACGGUGAUUUUGUACAACUAACAUCUGUAUAUCGGCCCAGUCCACAGCGAGGAGUCAUAUGGGAAGAUCGCGGAAAUUGGACAGUCGAGAAUGGUCUACGGAUGAAAACUUUCGACGUGGCUUCUGCACGCAGAAGAAAUCUUCAACAAACGACUCUUAAAACUACUGUUGUGUUAACAAACCCCAAAAGUGUCAAUUAUUUGGAUAAUUAUGAAGACCCACAGAAAGAUCCAGCUGCAAGGGCUAAUUUGAACUGGGUACGCCAUAUAGUAAAUCGAAUGAAUGCAACGUUAAAUGUCACAGUUGAGAUUUCAACACAUUGGGGAAAAGUGUUCAAAAAUGGGACUAGUAAUGGACUGGUCGGGAUGCUAAUUCGACGCGAGAUUGAUAUCGGUGGUAUUCAUAUGCCUUUCCUGUACGAUCGACUCGAUAAAGUAAAAUAUAUCAACUUACACACGAACCUUGGCAUGAGAUUUGUAUUUCGACAACCGUUAUUAUCCAGUGUGAAAAACAUCUUCAUCUUACCCUUUGAAAGAAAUGUUUGGAUAGCAAUCGCAGUAUUCCUUCUUGUCGUUUUUUGCUUCUUAUACAUAUCUAUGAAAUGGGAAUAUUAUCGGAAUACAAUGAAAAAAUCGGCAGCUACCUGGAAAGAUACUCAUAUCGGCAAUCCGACACUAGGCGAAGAUUUUCUCAUUCUUUUAGGCGCAUGUGCUCAACAAGGUUAUUCGUACGAACCAUAUAGAUUUUCAACUCGAAUCAUCACUCUUAUGUUAUUGGUAGCCUCAUUAAGUCUUUACACGGCUUACACAGCUAAUAUCGUAGCUCUUUUGCAAUCUCCUGCAAAUUCAAUCAAAACUGUUUCCGAUCUCUUGCAUAGUCAUUUAAUUCUCGGUGCGCAAGAUUACAUAUUCGUUCAUUAUCUGUUCGAGAGUUAUCAAGAUCCCGUUAGGAAAGCGAUUCUUGAAAAGAAAAUUGAGCCCAAAGGACACAAGGCCAAUUGGAUGGAUGUAGUAGAUGCAACACCUCGCAUAAGAAAUGAAUCAUUCGCAUUUCACGGGGUACAAACUCGAAUAUAUCGAAUAAUAGAAGAAACAUUUCAAGAAUAUGAAAAAUGCGGAAUAACGGAAAUCGAUUACGUAAACGAAGUAGCAUAUCUCGCAGUACCGAAGCAAUCUCCAUAUUUAGAGAUAAUAAAGAAUGGAGCUAUGAAACUACGAGAAUAUGGGCUAAAAUUCCGUGAUGAAUAUCGCUUAUUUACAAGAAAGCCAAAAUGCACAAAUCCAGCUAAUUUUAUCAGUGUUGGUUUCACGGAAUGCCGGUUUGUGAUUCUUGUAAUGAGUUAUGGAUUCUUGAUUACUUUAAUUGUAUUUGCAUUGGAAUUGGUAUGGCACAAAAUACGAAAUAAAUUUACACAAAAAGAGACGGUUCUAAUUGUAAAAAAAAAUGAAGAUCUCGAAAUUACCGAAUAUAUUGACUAA